CCAAUGAGACGGUUGAUGGAUGUAGUGAGGGAAGACAUGAGUGCAGUUGGUGUUUGAAAGGAAGAUGCAGGAGAUAGGUUUAGAUAAAAUAAAAUAUGACACGUUGUGGCAACCCCUAACAGGACAAGCUGAAAGGGGAACCAAAAAAAGUCUUAAAAGUCUUGGAGUCCUUUCCACUUUGCAUGCACCCAUACAAUCCUUUGAUUCAGGUGUGAGUGUGUGUGUGUGUGUGUGCCUGUGUGUGUGUUUGUGUCUGUGUAUGUAUCUGUCGCUCCAUAUAACUGAAGGUUGACUUAGGCCUGCUCAGGCGUGACAUGGUGACAUGACACCACUAAUUUCUCAUCUCCGUUUGGGCUAAACCGCCUCCUUGUUAUGGUUGUUAUUUUCGUGGAAACAUAGUUUCCUUUUCCAUUGAUUCACUGGCCCAGGAGAAAUCAGUUCAAUUUGACAGCGAUACUAUGUGACAGGGGGCACACACAAUGUAUAUUUGAGGAUAUAAAGGCUUGUGGCUUGUUUGUGGAGUGCUUACUCUGCUGCAAUGAGGCACUGCGGAAGGUUUCCACUAAGGAGAACAUUUAGAACAUUUGUUUUUAAGACUUUUCUGAAAAACAUGUUUCAGGUUUGGGUUGAGCCUCGCAGGUCGUGGCAUAGGACAGAAGUGGCGAUCUUGAGCAUCCUGUGGGUGGCGAUGUUGUUCCCCCACAAAUCUCACGAAGACGAGAAGCCCUUUUGUGACGUCAUCCCAGGUUCUAUAAACCUGCCAGUGCUGGAAAAAAGGGGAGACAUCAUCUUGGGGGGGCUUUUCUCCCUUCACGAUAUGGUAGUGGAGCCAAAUCUGACGUAUAUAUCCAGGCCCCCGCCAACUAAAUGCAGCAGAUUUAACUUCCGUACAUUCCGCUGGAUGCAGACCAUGAUUUUUGCUAUUGAGGAGAUCAACAAGGAGGGCAAACUGCUUCCCAAUGUCAGUCUGGGCUAUAAGAUCUAUGACUCUUGCAGUACCCCCCACCAGGCUCUCAAGGCUGCCAUGGAGGUGAUGGGCAGUGACAAGGCUUCCAUGGCGGGAGGGGGGCUUCAGAGUCAUAGCAUCUGCAACUGGGCUGUACCGGCCAUCAUAGGGGACGGAGGCUCCACCCAGUCUCUGGUCGUGGCACGCUUCUUAGGGGUCCUCCACAUACCACAGGUGAGUUACUUCUCGAGCUGUGCUUGUCUGAGUGACAAAAAGGAGUUUCCUGCUUUCUUAAGGACCAUGCCCAGUGACUUCUUCCAGGUGGACGCGCUUAUACAGCUGGUCAAACAUUUCGGCUGGACAUGGGUGGGUGUGAUUGCAGGGGAUGAUGCAUACGGCCGGGGAGGUGCAAACAUCUUUGCUAAUGAAGUUAGAAAAUUAGGUGCAUGUGUGGCCCUCCAUGAGAUCAUUCCCAAGCACCGAGCACAGAAGGCGAUCUCAUCCAUCAUUUCCCUAAUCCGCUCCUCGGGGGCACGUGUCAUCCUGGUGUUUGCCUUGGAACAGGACGCAGCGGCGCUCUUCGAUGAAGCUCUCAGGGAGGGGCUCAACGGGAUACAGUGGCUGGCCAGUGAGGCCUGGAGCACAGCGGCUGUUCUGUCCACGCCCGAAAAGUAUCAGGCCAUCCUGCAGGGCGCCAUGGGCUUCGCCAUCCGUCGAAUGGACAUCCAUGGACUGCGUGACUUCUUGCUCCGCCUGCAUCCAUCAAACCCCGAUGCCAAUGGAGACCCUUUUCUGAUUCCAUUUUGGGAAGAGGUUUUCCAAUGCAGCCUGGGUGAGGGAAGUGACAACCCACCAUGCACUGGAGCAGAAGAUCUGAGCAGUGUGGCAAAUAUCUAUUCAGACGUGUCCCAGCUGAGGAUAUCCUACAAUGUCUAUAAAGCAGUGUAUGCUAUCGUGAAUGCACUGAGGAGCAUGAGAGACUGUGAUGAUGGAAAAGGCCCAUUUGCUCUUCAGGCAUGUCCAGAUGCAGCUACCAUACAGCCAUGGCAGCUGCUUCAUUACAUAAAACAGGUGGAUUACCUCAACUCCUUCGGAGAUGAAAUCACGUUUGACGGGAACGGUGAUCCGGCGGCCAUGUACGACCUGGUCAACUGGCAGCUGAAACAAAGCGGAGGGCUCAAGUUCGUCACCAUCGGAAAGUUUGAUGAGACGGUGGUAAACAGACAGCAGACGCUCCGAAUCCAAAGCCAGGAUAUCGUGUGGCACGGCAACAAGAAACAAGUCCCGCUCUCAGUAUGUAGCAACAUUUGUCCUCCGGGAACCCGCAAGGCGAUCCGACCUAACUUCCCUAUCUGCUGCUAUGAUUGCAUGGUGUGUGCAGCAGGGGAGAUUAGCAAUCAGACUGACGCCAUAGAGUGUGUGCGCUGCCUGCCCGAGUUCUGGUCCAACAGCGAGAGGACCGCCUGCAUCCCUAAACAGGUGGAGUUCCUCUCAUUCAGCGACACCAUGGGAAUUACGCUGAUGGCGAUAGCCCUCAUUGGCUCCUUCUGCACCUGCGUCGUGGCCUUCGUCUUCUCCUACAACAGGACCACCCCAGUGGUCAGGGCCAACAACUCAGGCCUAAGCUUCCUGCUCCUCUUCUCUUUAACCUUGUGCUUCCUGUGCUCGCUCACCUUCAUCGGCCGGCCCUCCCGGUGGUCGUGCAUGCUGCGCCGUACGGCCUUCAGCAUCACCUUCGUGCUCUGCAUCUCGUGUAUCCUGGGGAAGACCAUAGUGGUGCUGAUGGCCUUCAAGGCCUCAUUUCCUGGCAGUCAAGUCAUGAAGUGGUUUGGACCCGCACAGCAAAAAGUCAUCAUUAGUCUUUGCACACUGGUUCAGGUGCUGAUCUGCACCGUGUGGCUCACCGUGGCCCCCCCAACGCCUCUCCAGCUGAUUCCCCGUGAAAGCGCCAUUGUCAUUCUUCUGUGCGACGAGGGCUCGCCGGUGGCCUUCGGUUUGGUUCUGGGCUACAUCGGUUUGCUGGCCUCCCUCUGCCUCCUGCUGGCAUUCCUGGCCCGGAAGCUUCCAGACAAUUUUAACGAGGCGCGUCUCAUCACGUUCAGCAUGCUCAUCUUCUGUGCCGUGUGGGUGGCCUUUGUUCCGGCGUACAUCAGCUCCCCAGGAAAGUACUCCACAGUCACCGAGGUAUUUGCCAUCCUCGCCUCCAGCUAUGGCCUGCUGGGCUGCAUUUUUGCACCAAAGUGCUACUUAAUUCUCUUUCGGCCCAAAAAGAACACCAGGAAACACAUCAUGUCCAGAAUGGACAAGUUUUAGGAACUAUUUUGCUCAUGUUAUAAGAGGCGUUGACAGCCAGCAUUGCCUUCUUUGAAGGCCUAUGAGUGUCAGAAGCCCUCAACAACUUUUACAACUUAAGUUCUAAUUUUGGGGCCUUAAAAUUGUAGUCAAUUGUUUUCAUUUCAAUGCCUCUGCACUUGUUAAUUUUUUUUUCUGCCUUAGUUUUGGCCUUAGCCUUGAAAAUCAGUAGUGCUGGCCUCUGUAACUACAGUAUAACUACCGUAUAUUAUUAUUAUUAUUUAAACAAGAUUUCAAAUAUAUCUUCACGAUACCAGAGCACUGGCCCCUCGAUAAUGUCAGGUCUGAACAAAACCUAUUACAGCCAAGCUCGAAUAACAAGACACGUCUGUCGUGAUCUGCCCCUCUGAAUACAUUUGAAUAUCAAAAUCAUUUUAUUUCCACAUUUUAUGCUUUUGGUGAUGUGUAGUGGGACACUUGCCUGACUCUGGUGCAGGCAGCAUGGGUUCAGUUCCCACUCAGUGAUGGUGUUAUUUCCCCUCCGACUGACUGGUGACUAAUUUAGGGUGUAGUCCGCUUUUGACCAGCAGUCCCGCAACCCUUGUGUGGAUGAGUGGCUCAAUCAUGGAUGGAUUUUUUUGUCAGGGUUAUUAGAUGAAAAAUUGAUUUUGUAUUUAGCUAGGCGACUGGUAAGAGCAUCUGGCUUAUAGUUCUGAGGACCAGGGUUCAAAUAUCAACCCCGCCUGUGUGGAGUUUGCAUGUUCUUGUUCUUGUUCUUGCAUGUUGUUGUUGGGUUUUCUCCGGGAAUUCCGGUUUCCUUCCACAUCCCCAAAACAUGCACGGUUAAUUGAAGACUCUAAAUUCCCCAUAGGUGAGAUUGUGAGUGCUGGUCGUUUGUUUCUAUGUGCCGUGCAAUUGGGUUUCAACCAGUUAAACAUCCAUCCAUCCAUUCAUCCGUUUUCUUAGCCGCUUAUCGCGGGUAUUGCUGGAGCCUGUUCCAGCUGUGAACGGGCAGAAGGCAGGGUACAUUCUGAACUGGUUGCCAGCCAACCGCAGGGCACAC